AGGACGGAAGGUGCUUCCGGCGGCGAGUGGCGGUUGGAGUCGCGAUGGCGAAGCAUCACCCAGAUUUAAUUUUCUGUCGGAAACAGGCCGGCGUUGCUAUUGGGCGACUGUGUGAGAAAUGUGAUGGUAAAUGUGUGAUCUGUGACUCAUAUGUCAGACCAUGCACGCUGGUGCGUAUCUGUGAUGAAUGUAAUUAUGGGUCCUACCAGGGACGAUGUGUAAUCUGUGGUGGCCCAGGAGUUUCUGAUGCCUAUUACUGCAAAGAAUGCACAAUCCAGGAAAAGGAUAGAGAUGGAUGUCCAAAAAUUGUUAAUCUUGGCAGCUCAAAAACUGAUCUGUUCUACGAAAGGAAAAAGUACGGCUUUAAGAAGAGGUGAUCCCGGAAUGACUGGAAGGAAUCUUUCACGUUUGUAGCUUCUGUACCUUGGGAAACAUGAAUAUUUGGUCGAAUUUUUACUGUUUGUAAAUAAAUGAUUAAUAUACUUA